CCCUGCGCCCUAUACAGACAACUAAAACACAGACAUCAUCAUAAAGAUAAUUAUUAGAUACAGUAAAGCAUUAUAUACUUGAUUACAAUAAAGGCAGCACUGUAUGAAAUGUACAGUAAGUUGACUUUAAUGUCACCGGAGUUCUUAAUUAAAGCUCACUUCGCGAAGUUACUCAUUUCCAGCAGCUCUCUAGACAUGACAGUCAGGUUUGAUACGAGCUGACUAAGGAAUAUCGUUUACAACGUGUUUUUGCUGCGCUAAUGGAAAGUCUAACCGCUUGUUACACUGCUUGAUCAGACGCCUGAGGAAACAGAGCUGAAAACAUGGGAAAAUGGGAGUUCACUAUGGACCCGGUGCAGGAGUGGGGAGAGGAGGUGGAAGACGGGGCCGUUUAUGGCAUCACACUUCACCGAGAACCCAUCCAACCCCCACCUGAUUCCAGUGAGAACUCUUCUGCCUUCGGCUUCAUGCAGUACCGCACGCAGAAGGUCCGCAGGCUAAAAGCAGCCACUCUGGAGCGUCUUGUCACAGAGUUGGUGAACCCGGAGUGCCCUGACCCAGACUACAUGCAAAUCUUCCUCUCCACCUACAGAGCCUUUACCUGCACCAAUGCUCUCAUAGAGCUCCUGUUUCAAAGGGAGGACAUGGUCACCAAUCUGGACAACAGUGUCUGCGUUAGAAGUUCUCUGCCUCGUCUGAUCCGGUUGUGGUUAGACGAGUACCAAGAGGACCUUCGGGACUCUCCAGGUCACCAGGCUCUUCGUCUGCUCUGUGUUCAACUCCGUCAUCGCCUUUGUUUCAGACGUCUGGUUCAUCAAGCCGAUGCACUUCUCAGAACAUUUCAGAUGGAAGACAAGCACACAGAUACAUCAGCAGAAACCAGCACAGAUGCUGUAGACACGGACAGACAGGACAUAGAAGUGACGGGAGAUGUACUGUCCUUCCCUGCACGAGACAUUGCUGAGCAGCUCACGCUAUUAGAUGCUGAACUCUUUGUCAAGGUGGUUCCAUUUCACUGCCUUGGCUGCAUUUGGUCUCAAAGGGAUAAGAAAGAGAAUCGAAAUCUAGCGCCCACGGUCCGUGCCACCAUCGCCCAGUUCAAUGCCGUCACUAACUGUGUUAUCACCUCUCUGCUGUGCCCUCCUUCCACAUCCCCUCCCGGUUCCCCAUCCUGCACUCGCAGCGGCCCUACUCACAGGGCGCAGAUUAUUGAGAAGUGGAUCUCUGUGGCUCAGGAGUGCCAUCAGUUGAGAAACUUCUCCUCUCUGAGAGCCAUCUUAUCAGCUCUUCAGUCUAAUGCUGUUUACCGGCUAAAGAAAACCUGGGCGGCAAUCAGCAGGGAGAGUGUGUCUGCCUUCGAUCACCUCUGCGACACAUUUCCUGAUGAGAACUGUGUGCUGGUCAAUCGAGAUAUUCUUGUAGAGGAAGGAAACCAGGCAGCUGAUGUAGACACUCACACUGCUCCAAAGUCUCCCAGACUCAGUCCUACAUCUAAGCAAAUGACCCCCUCCAGCGGUGAGGUGCCGUACCUGGGCACUUAUCUGACUGCGCUCACCAUGUUGGACACGGCACUAAGUGAUAACGUGGAGGGGGGUCUCGUCAAUUUUGAGAAGCGUAGAAAAGAGUUUGAGAUUCUGUCUCAGAUCAAGCAGCUGCAGGCGUCAUGUGCUCACUACAAACUCCAGUUACAUCCUCACAUCAUUUCCUGGAUCAACAGCGGCGUACUUCUUUCUGAUCAGAAGAGCUAUGAGUUGUCAAGAGAACUGGAGCCGCCCGUUGACCCCUGUCCCAGCUCUCUCAACCCCUGGAGCCACCGGCUCAUCACCAAGAAACUGACCUCGUUGAUGUCUGGCAGUGAGAACUUCUCAAAGAAGACACUUGCCGAUCAGAUCAGUGUAUCAUCCUCUGGCUCCAGUGGCUCAGAUAUGGAGGAUCUCAGCAGCCCUAACCUCUCACCACUUAGAUACAAAGUACAGUCUGCAUCGUGUCAGGACAUCUCUGUAGACACACCCACCUCCUCUCUGACUCCGCCCAGCUCUUUUCGAAGAUGCCUACAGGCGGAUAUGUCUGCCUUGAAUCCUGACAGCCCCUCCCCUACUUCAUCAUCAUCUUCCUCAUCAUCAUCAUCAUCAUCCUCUCCUUCUCUCAAGCAUCCCAUGUACAACAAGCAGGUUGCUGAUUCUUGCAUUGUCAGAGUCAGUGUGGAAUUUGGCAACAACGGAAAUGUUUAUAAAAGUAUUUUGAUAACCAGUCAGGACAAGACCGCUCAGGUGAUUCAGAGAGCUUUGGAGAAACACAACUUGGAGGAGAUGAACUGCCAAGAAUUCAGUCUCACACAAGUUCUUUCCAGUGACAGAGAGUUGCUGAUCCCAGACAAAGCCAACGUCUUCUAUGCCAUGUGCACCACUGCCAACUUUGACUUUGUGCUUCGUCAGCGUUACAAAAACCUCAGCAGAGCAACUGGCUCAUCCUGGAGUCCUGGAGCAGUACUGAGGUCCCGCAAGUAACAGAACCGCGAUGACAACCCACAACAUGGUGGCAUAAUAUAUGAAAAACUUCAAAAGUGAACAAAGACUUUAUAAGCAUUAUCGCACAACUGGGAUGAGCGGGUGACUACUGGAUGUCGAAGCUCAGAUAAAUUUGAAAAACAGACUGAUGGAUGCAUCACUGAGCUCUGAAGCACCCCGGAGUCACAAGUUAUGACAAGAUCUCGCUCGAUAAUAUGUCAUUGACAAAUAACAUGGAAACUAUAGCACAGCUGCCAUAACACCAGUUCUGAUUUAAAACAGGAGGAAGAAAGAUAAGGAGCAUCUGACAUUAAGAUCUAGAGAAGUUGCAAUAAUUGGCCAUAUCUACUAGCAGUUUAUUCAGACGUUUGCUUUGAAAUGGGAUUUACUGAGAAACAUCUGUUUUUAGAUGGAUGAACACAUUUCUUUUAAGUAUGACCUACAAAUGCAAGCUUUUAUGUAGCUAAUAUUCAGCAGGUAAAAGUGAAAUUUAUAUUAUAUUUAGUUUUUUUUUCUAAGUGACAUAAUAAAAAUGUUUAUAUAAUAUAUUUUAUUUAGUUUAAUUAGAAUUUUAAUAAAAAUCUCAUUAUUUUAAUUCCAAUAUUUUAUUGUUGUGAUGCAUUUCAGUUUUAGUGUAAUUUAAAUUUUAUAUGUGCUAAUUCCUCUUCUUUUGUUAUGUUUUCUGUAUAGAACUAUUUCCUUUCAGCUCUUUCUUUUUAAUUUAUAAUGUGUUUAUGUGCAAUAAUCUUAAACCUAUAAGCAGUUUCUUUAUUUUAAGACUUUUGGCAUUGUGCCGAAUCUUUCAACAGAUGAAGGAUGCUUGCACUUCUGUAUCACUUUUUUUUUUUCUCUCAAGUUGAAUAGGUCAAUUUGUUUUUCUAGUAGUGUCAAAUGAAGUAACUCAUCCAUAUUGGAUAUCUUGUGACUUUCUGAGCAGAUUCAAUUCGAAGAACUGAAGAGCACUGGGUGCACUAGAUAAAUCUCACCGACUUGUGUUUUGUGAAAGUUGAAGUUAGUUGCUAAAGUAUGUGAAAUGUAAGUGCUUGGUUUGUGUAAAAAGGUAUGCUGCUAAAUAGUGGUGCAGGUGUAGUGUUUCUUGGAAACUACAGCAAGUGUUUUUGUCAAGUGGAGGGCUAAAUCAGCAUUAAUAGCACACUUUUGCUGUUUGCACAGAAAGCCACAAUUCCUGACUGAAAUGUAUGUCUGUUUUUGUCAAUAAAAAGCUAAUUUGGCACUUA